AUGAAGACAAAUUGGCGACUUAUCAAAUACAGCAACAACAUCUUCAUCAGAAUUGAGUUUACAAAUCCUCUAAACAUAGAAGAAGUGAAAGUAACUUUCCAUGGACAAAGUGAUGUUGUGAAUGAGAUGACAGAAACUUACAACUCAAGAUGUGAUGACUUUCAAGAUUCGAAUACUUUCAUUUACGAUAAAUUAUUAAAUAUUUUCGAUAUUCCUUUCUUCCCAGCAACUGAACAAGAUGAAAUUAAUUGUUCAAUUUGUUUAUCAUAUCGUUGUGAAGAGAAUCGAGUUCCUGUUGUUUGUUGUGAUAACAUGAAAUGUGAUUCUAUGUAUCAUCAGUUGUCUUGA